CGAUAAUUUAUGCGCCGCCUCAGUAGAAAACCAGUUCUUGAAUGAUAAACAUUGUAAAAAGUUACUCCAACUGUAUUCUAAAAAUUUUAAAUCUAGUUUUUUUAAUCUUAUUUGUAUCUCGUUGACCGUAAUAAGAAACCGGAAGUGAAAUUUUUCAGUGUUUGUUUUGAUGCGCUACUAUUGGCAGCACUGAUCGCGCGAUUUUACGUCAACGGGUAGUUGUUCUGUCAUCGAUCUAAUAAUAUUGGCAGUUUUAAUUUAUUUGCCAAGGUUUUACGUAAACACUAGUGUAUAAUAACUUUAUUUAGAAGUGAAUGUUCAGUGUUAACUUAUGGUGUGAGAACUUAAAAAAAAUUACGCGUACGUGACUUGUACAGUAUAAAAAAUCUUUGUUAUAGUCGGCAAUACGAUUGUUACUUAAAAAUUAUUAAUUAAGUCUCACAAAGUUUUUCAAUCAUGUCGUCGUUAGGGGGCCAGUGGCGAGCCAUAAGACACUAUCUAUCAAUAGCAAACUUGAAUUCCGAAGUAGAAAAAUUAGUCCAAAGAAUAAAGCCUGCUACACCAGAACAAUGGGAAAAUCUUAUUAAAAAGUUUGAAAAUGGUGUCACUCAACGUUUGUCCCAAGUUGAAGCUAAAGCAAAGGAAACAAAGUUUAUAAAGCAUACUGUUAAAGCAACAUCUAUAGAAGAAAGUAAAAUUGAAACUAAGGAAAAAUCAGAGAAUCUUGAAGAUAAAGAAGCUCUUACAGUAGGUUCCGAAGCUAAGGAAAUAACUUUUGAAGGAAUAUGGGAAGGGAUAAAAUUAAAAAAGGAUUUGCAACUAGGAAAAAUGUCUGAGCCGAGUUGGAAAUCAAACAAACCAAUUGUAACAAAGACAUCAAUCCACUCGCGAACAGCGUACGUAAUAUCCGCCUUAGUGACAGCGGAAACGUCAGAAUGCCUUCUUAAACGGACUGAACAUUUUAUCGAGCAUUUGCAACAAUACCCUGAAGCUAGGGAUUACGCUAUAAAGGAGGGAGCAGUGAGGGCAUUAUUAAGAGUACAACACAAGCUUAAGUCUAGUGAUGCGUCCUUUGGUGAUGACGUCAAAGGAAUUGUUAAUGAGGCGUUAGCACUGAUGGGCUACACUGGUCCGACUAAGAGUCGUGGUCCCAAUGUAUUGUCAAUAGAUGGCGGUGGUAUUCGAGGGAUUAUCGCAAUUGAGAUAUUGCGGCAUCUAGAAAUAUUGACUGGGAAAAAAGUGCACGAACUAUUUGACUAUAUUGUGGGAGUUAGCACCGGCGCUAUCAUAGCCGCAGUUAUAGCAAGUGGAGCAGGCACCUUAGAGACUGCCAACCAAAUGUACGUUACUCUGUCUAAACAAAUGUUUGGAAACACAUCACUCAUUGGCGGUACGUCAAGAUUAGUAUGGACCCACUCGUACUAUGACACAGAGGCGUGGGAGAAAAUGCUUCAGGAUAAUUUGAAGGGCAUCACUCUUACUCAAUGCAACCGUUACAAUAUGCCUAAAAUGUCAGUGGUAUCGUGCGUAGUGAACUCCGGUUCCCGUCUCGCCCCGUUCCUAUUCCGUACGUACGAGUGCGGGUUCCGCGUACGAUCCGUAUUCCCUGGAACGAGUCGGGCUCAACUCUGGCAGGCUGUGAGAGCAUCUGCCGCCGCACCCACUUAUUUCACUGAAUUCAACUUAGAUGGAUUAUUGCAUCAGGAUGGAGGUAUCAUGGUGAACAAUCCAACAGCAGUGGGCCUACAUGAAGCUAAACUGUUGUUCGGUGCAAAUGCCAUGAAAAAUGGUACAGUAAUAUCCGUGGGGACAGGUCAGGCGUUAAACAAACAUUUGGAUUAUCAACUCCUUAGUAAGGGCUUAGCGAAGGACACGUCUGGAACAAGUUGGAAGAAUAAAUUUAACAAAAUUCUUGACUCGGCGACGGAUACUGAAGGCGUACAUCUAGCCCUUAACGAUCUCCUUCCACCGGGUUCUUACUACCGUUUCAACCCACCGCUUCACGAGGAAUGCGCGAUGGACGAAAUCAACCCGGAAAAAUUGAAAAACAUGAUAACAGAUACGAACGCAUACAUUCGCAGGAACCAGCACAAAUUCGAACAAGCCGCCGAAAUGUUGAUGAGGAAACGUACUGUUGUACAAAGGGUAUUCGAUUUUGUUGAGCAUAGAGCUCAGUUGAUGGGCAUCAUUCCCGCGAAUUGACUGACAAUUGACAGGCUUCCUGUCAAUCAGUUUGUUGAAGCCGACGAUGAUUUAGCGAAGACGAAGGAAAAAUAAUCGGAAGUUGCUUACGAAUUUCGGAAAAAAAACUAAAGUGUACCUGGAGAAGGUCUAUGUGUAAUUCAUUUGAUUAUUUGAAUUGAAUUUAAAUUAUAUAUACGUUGUAAUUUUGUGAGUUUAAACUGGUUAUUUUUUUCAAAUGAUGUUGUUGGAGUCGGCUUCUUGUUUUGGAAUACUAGAUUUUUCUAGAACAUUCCAUUUUUAUUAUUGCUUAUUAUCUCAGUUUGAGAGCUUAUAUGGGUUUCUAUACUUAUAGAAGCUACGCCAUAUAGGCUUUUAUACUGUUAAGCUUUUGUUAAUAAUUCCUAUAUUUGUUGCAUUGUUAAUAUAAAACGGCUUCUAGUAAUCAUGUAGAGAAUCAAUUGUGAUAUUAUAAUUAAUUGUUUUAAUAAGUGUUGCUAGAGAAGAUAAUGAUUAAUUUACUUUCUAGUACAACAUUCGCCUAUUCUGUAUGUAUAUUUUAUUCUCAAAAAAGUGUUAAAUACAUUUUUUAAUACGGACGAAAAAUAUACCAUUCAAUCUAGCAACAGAGACAAAAUUCGAAUAUAAAAUCUUAAAGAUUUCAUUAAUUAAUAAUUACAUCGUUAUUUAGAUUAUUGUGACGUUUAAUGACGUUUUAAUAUCCACUAUUAUGUGAUUCUUAAACAUAAUCCAACAUGCAGGGCAAAGAACUAAGUUCUAAGAGUAAGAUUCAGAGUCAAAAUAUAGCGGGGAGUAUGACUCCCGUUUGUUAAAAUCCAAUACAUUUUCCUGUACUGGAGACAGACUUGGCGAUAUGUUUUGUACUGAAUCUGUGGGUCGACAGAUCUCACCCAUUGUUAUCACGUUUUUUAUUUAAGCAGAGUUUGAAUAUUCACUCGCUAAUUGGCUUCUUUUGGGUGUCUGCCGUGGAUUGUGGAUAACGUUCGCUUAAAAAAUAAGCCUAGCUUAUAUUCUAUUAGUUAUUAAAAAGAAUUUAUUUUUAGCGUUUAAGUAGUUGUAGAUAAUAUUCUAGUCAUUUGUAAUUUCAUGAAUAAAAUUUACAUUCGA